GCAACCAAGGCGGGCGCGUUGUCCUUUUGAUCGACUGCGCUUUCCGGACAGUCGUCGUUAAGCGCGGGAAACAUUCCUCGAAUGGAAAAGAAAUUGGCCAUUUUAGGAACGCUUUGCACGCUUAACUACGACUGUCCGGAAAGGCUAGAUAGUUAGGAUCUGUGUGUGUGUGUGUGUGUGUGUGGGUUGAUGAGGAAGGGAAGGCAGGAAGUACGGGAGGGAAGGAAGAAGAGAGGAGCCCGGGGGCCCCUCUUCGUCUCUUCGUUGGCGAUCUGGUCAGCAAGGAAGCGAAGUGGUCGAGUGGUUUGUGUUUGGACCGACGAUUAUCUUCGUUGUUAACUGUGGAAAAUCUCUCCGUUUUCCUUCGUGGAGGAGUUUUCCCCUUUAACAAUCUUGAUAAUCUGUAACUUAUUGCAUGAUCAUCAGAAGUGCUGACUUGUGUGCUGAAGUGUACCCCGUACGAUGAGCUAUGACUUGCCGGGAUUGACUGCCAGAGGGGCUAACGGAGAAGAAGUUGGCGAACGGCUGACGUUUGGACAAACGGAAUUUCGGCGGAACGGUGGCGAGUUUGACAGCGGGCAGCUUCGGAGUCAGGGAAAGGAGGUCAGAUCAGGUACGAGGAGGAGGAGGUGGUGGGCGUGGGGUGGUGCGAUGGCCGUACAGUUCUGCUGCAGCCACCGGCUUGCAUUCUCGUUGCAGGAAGUUGGAAGUUUGAUGUGUAGAUAAGUAUUGACACGAUUUCGUCCGUGUAGUUCUCUAAUUAUAUUCUUCCCCAUUGUUGGGGUAUUCCGUUUUGCGGACCUACUGUAUGGAUCCGUCUUUUUACUAUAGUUAUGGCAGAAUUUGUUUCGGUAAUUUCGGCACCCUUGUCUGCAUCCCGGUUGGUUUCGUCCCGUUGUUCGGCUUACGGUAGGGAGUUGUAAGUAAGAAGAGAAAAAAUGAAUUGAUUUUUUGUUUUUUUCGAUUUUGCGCUCUGACAUCUUCGUGACGAUAUAUACCUGAUGAGUCGGUGAAACUCCGACGAAACAGUUUGUCACAGCCCCUCGUUUGGUGUCCUCUUCUCUCUCUCUGCCUACGGUUUGCCGGGCAGUUCUAUUUGUGACGAUAUAUAUCUAUGUAUACAGAUAUAUACAUAUAUAUAUACAUGGCAUAUUUAUUUAGUACGUAUGUGAGUAACGAAAAUUUGCUAUUAGGCAGGUGUGACUGUCUUAUAGGCGGGAAGGCAACGCUCAUUUGUAGAGUUGACGAUGUUGGAAUGAUUGGGAUUGUAAUGGGAGAAAAGGUCUAAGGCAACGCUCAUUUGUAGAGUUGACGAUGUUGGAAUGAUUGGGAUCGUAAUGGGAGAAAAGGUCUGAGUAGAAAAAACCUGCCGUACUAGUUAGAGAGGGAAAACGAAUCCAACGAAUCCAACCCUUUCAAGACGGAAUUGGCGGUGGAUUCGAGAGGAGAGACAGUCAACAGUGUUGUGUCGGACGGACGGGCGGACGAGAUUGUGUUGUGGAAUGUAGGUCUCGCCUGCUCAGAUUCGGGGUUUGCAGAAGGGGGUUGGCUGGGUUGUAGUGUGUAGUAUACGCCGCCGGCAUUUGUUUUUGUCUGCGUUUCUGUCCUAUUGUCUGUUUAAUGGUAUGCAUGAACGUGAAGUUGUCUUUCUGUCGAUUGUCGAAGUUGUAGCUGAGAUUCCGAUCGUGAGGUCAACUACAACCGCCUGAAAGGACGAAAGCAGUUGUCAGUAUGGACGGAGGGGCGUGUGUUGUGUAUACGACUGCGGUGAUGGACGAAUCAAAGCUGAGGAGGGAGGCGCGGAAGCGCGUGCGGGCGCCAGCGGUCCAAGCGCUAAUUAGCAAGAGGCCAGUGCGGAUUCCGAAGCGGGUAGGACGACCGCCAAAGGCGCUAAAAGCGCAAAGGGAAGCGGAAGCGGCGGCGGCAGCAGCGGCGGCGGCGGCGGCGAGUGCCGCGAAGUCGCGCAAGCGCAGUUCUACGGCAAUGGCAAAUGGGGAUCGUCGUGGGGAUGGCAUAGGCAGUGCCAAUGCAGCCGCCGCUGCUGCUCCCGCUUCUUCCUCUUGUCCGCCCAGUAAGAGGAUCAAGAGCACAGCUACAACAGGCCGUCAGGUCGCUGUUACCUCUUCCAGGAGCAGUGGAGCCACCGCAUCUCCAAACAGUGCCCACGUGGCCAGUCAACUUACGAUGGACUCCAGGGAUUCACAAGAUCGACGUCAGCGAUGCUGCGAAUUGACUGGUCUUCGUCACUGCGACUGCGGAAGUAAACCCCCGAGCGUCGCACACGAACACCACUGCUGCGUUGUCGGCAGAAAGGCGGAGCCGGUUGAUUGCGGCGAAACUGCUUGCGCCGGGCAAGGGCAAUUGCUCUGCUGCGGUGUUAGGAGCAUCUGCGUUCGCGACCGGAGGGCUGAAGUCGUCGACGAUCCAACUCAAUCUCUAUCCCCUUAUCGCUCUGUAGAACACGCGCUGGAGAACGGCGUGGUGUCGGGUUCUCGUCGGACCGCCUCCUCGUCGUCUUGUCCCUGUUGUUCUCCGGCUACCAGUGGUUGUCGGUGCUGUUGUUGUUCGCGUUCUCGCUGCACGUCGGGGUCUCCACAUUCUUGUUCUUCGUUGUCAUCUUCUCCCUCCCGCCCGCAGUCCGUUUCUUCGUACGUACCGCUUCCUCGGUUCGAUUCCGUCGGCAGCAGCAGCAAGUGCUCGGAGAACUUCGCCGCACAUUCGCCGGACUCCAUUUUCGGAUUUGCCUCCUCGCAAACGCAUUCGCGGACCGUUUCCUCGCUCGACCAAGGCGGCUCCUUUUCCCAGCCAUUCGCUUUCGAGUGUGCAGAUGCCAAGACCACCGCAAGCGCCUGGUCGUCCGGGUUGGCGCCGUCUUCGUCGGCUAGGGAGGAGGCACCGCCACCGACGCCGACGACCACAGUUUCGUCGUGGCCGACCGCUCUGCCCGCCAGUAGUGGCGAUGUCAAUUGCAGCAACUACGUAAAUGGAGGCGGAGGGAACGUGACGACGGCUUCGCACGAAGCGGGACGAUUGAUGACACUGCCUUUUAUCAAAUGUGAACAGGAGCAUUUACAGUCAACCAUGCCACUGGAGCAGCAGCAGCAGCAGCAGAUUAAAUGUGGAGCGGCCGCCACUAGUAAUCAACAGUCGUCGAAGUCGUCUGCGGUGACGGACUGCGAUGUUUUCGGCCCACGUUUCAUCACGCGAUUUACUGCGGAAAAGCCCGUUGUAGAUAUUGUUAUCGCUGGUAUGAGGAGCGGCGCGUGCAUCGACGAUUACGGCGGCAGCAGCCUUCGCCGCUCGGCCGUCGACGGAGGUGUCAAGAAGGAGAGCGAGGGCGAUAACGUUAUUAUUGACAAACCGAAUGUGCCGAGCUCAUCCUCUGCGAUGAACUUUGAGCAGGGCUGUUUUCGAAAGGGUGGCAGGUCAGAGCCUGUCAGACGAUUCGGGGCGCCGUUAGACCUGCUAGGACAGCACCGACUGCAGUUCAACCUCGACCGAGGUGGUGUGUGGGAGCAGGAGAAGUGGAAAAAAGCGGAUGCCUAUUCGCCGACAACAGCGAACGCUGUUGUGUUUGCUGCGAAAGCAAAAGUGGCGGCGGUUUCGAGCGAGGUUUCUGAUGGCUCAUUGGAGUCGACGCUGACGAUGACCACCUCUGUUGAUACUACGUUGGCACGUCGCAUACCGUCUUCUUCUGUCGAGGUAACCACAGACGCAAUUCAGCGAAGGGCUCAAGAAGACUUGGCGAUGGAGGAUAUCGAUGAGUAUACGUGUACCGCGUCGGGACCGGCGCCUAUGCCCGAGCCAGUAAAUUAUGCGAGCGUGGACGGUGACGGAGUGAUUCUUAUUACUCACGACGACGAAUGGCCGUUGGACCUUGAGUUGGAACGCGAGUGGAUUUUGAGCUGCCACGUGGGAGGGGAGACGAACGGGCUUACGCCAGCCACCGGCUCGCUUACAAACGAAGGUGGUCGGCCACUCGUAAUGAGGAGCAGAGAUGAGGAUAGCACAUUCCCUUCUGCGGAAAGGCUGUGUUCGACUAUCGGAGGAGAUCACGGCCGUGUGGUACAAGGGGCGGGUUGCGAUGCUCAAGCAGCAUCUAUCUCUUUUACUGCGGCUGAGAAUGCCUUGGGUGAGUUAAGCCACGCGUCAGAAUCUUGUGGUCUGUACGACUCUCAACCCAUGGUGUGUGUUUUUGAAGGAGGAGAUGGCUUGACCUUCUGCUCGGGGGUGAAGGAUCAGAACGUCGAGUCUCUCCUCCUCCCGGAAGACAUCGGCGAAAUACUGGACGAACUGGAACUGCCCUCACUGCGGGUGCCAGAUUCCCAGUUUACCGGUCUAGGUAGCCAGACCUCGAUCGUCAAAGAGGAGGAAUGUCCUUUGGACAGAACUGAGCUUGGGUCGGCUUCCAUCUUGCCGAUGGAGACGAUUGCCAUGCCUGAUGGCCUCCUUUCUGACUGGUUGGCUGAUGACUCGGUUAGUGCCUAUGGCUUGGACAUGGAAAGGGGGGAUGGCCUGUGCACCCUCGACAAAGUCCUGUGAGUGCGAAUCCCUAAUGAUGUCGAGCUGCUGGAUUGUCAGCCAGCAAUCUAUACUGCCCUGGACCAUACGUAGUAUAUCUUUCAUGGUCUUCCAGGACGACAGCUUUGGCUGUGCAUUCGCUGAGAGAAUUGUGAACUUGAAGGUUGUUGGCGAGCUCUGUGCAGGUCAGCUCCCUCCCUCUUUCUUAGUUCGAUCGAGAAAAAGGACCACCUCAUGCUGCUGCUGCUGCUGCUAGAGUUCUAUCUAGCAGCCCUUUGUCAGAUUGGGUAAGUGGUGGAGGUGGUUAUGGUUUAGGGCAUACUCACACUGGUAAUUUCGACCGUCAUUCGGAUGACGGUCGUAUCCAUCCCAAGAAGACCUACUGAGUGUGAGUAUGCCCUUUUCCUUCUGCGAACGUGGACAGGACGGCGAGGUCCUCUCCGCCACCCUGCCUGGAGGGGCGAGGGCUUAGGCCGUGGUUGUUUAUCUGAGGCAAGCAGGCACAGGUAGCUCAGGCUUGCUAGUCGCCGCGUCGAAAACUGCCUGCCUGUUGCGUCGGAUGUCGACAUGUCUCGCCAGUAUUCAACCCAUACAUUGUCAUUGGUAAGCCAACGUAGUUAGUUUUGAGAAGAGGAGAUCUAUUGCAUGUCAGAGAGUAUGUAUACGACCAAGGAGUAGUACAUCAUACGGGCUGCUUGUACGUUAGAGUUUCCCUCCGGAUGGAGAAGGACGUGAACUCUGUAUGUGCAGAAACAUCUGCAGGUGAUCCUGACAACUAGCCACGGAUGACAGCAGGCUCUGACAUGCAGUACGUACAGAGUUUAUGGACUCCAGGGUGUGAGGAACCUUGACAUACCUGCAGCCGGCCUAACAUUUCUUUCAUCUCCAGAAAUGUUUGCCUUCAUCAUUAUCUUCCGUGCCUUACUUCGCGUUUUUUUUUUUUUUUUUUUUUUUUUUUUUUUUUUUUUGAUAUAAUCCCUAGCUUGGCAGCUGCAGCAGGCAGGGGCAUUUUCAACGCUGUACUGCAUGUCAGACUUUGCAUGACUGUCAGUACAGCAUUGCGAACGGCUUGGUUUGAGUUGAACCGUUGUUUGAUUUCUAUUUUUAGUUGUCGUCUGGUCGUGCCUGCAUGGCUGGAGUUCAUUCACAUGCUGAUUUUGAUUCUACGUAAUUGGAAAAUCUGACUGACUCUCCUGCAACAGCCGCCACAACUAUCACCACCCCGCUGUCUGAUAUGGUGAGGGUGGUGGAGGUUGUGGUGCUGGUGCAGCAGGGUCAGUGCCUGGUCACACAGAUGCACUCUCGAUUUCUCAUGAACCCGAUUCCUCGAGAAGGGCGGUGCCAGGGAGAUGGCAUCGUCACAAACGAGCUACCCGUCUGCCGUUUCUCUUUCAGCAGAUGGGAUUGUUGAAUAUCGGUUGCCUUUAUUAAUGUAGGUUAGUCAUGACGGACGAGUGCAUGUGUGACCAGGUUUGGGUUUGGGUUGUCCAGUAAGACGAGAUGAAUCUUUUAACUACUUUGUACAAAAGAGGAACUAUGUUCUUUGUUUCUGGAAGACUCGUUCAGUGUAAAGAAGACUUUCAUCCAAUCUAUCAGAUACCUGUGAAAGAGGACUUUCGGUGGGGGGAGAAGAAGAAGAAUGCCUGCUUUUUGUUAUUAACCACGAUGCUUGCUGGCCGAGGAAACGGCAUUCAGCGGCUGCACGGCGACUUGAAAGGUGAGUUCAGUGAGAGCAGCGGUCGGUAGUGAGUGGACGUGUGGUGGGUCUUCACGGGGUGGUGUGCUCGACAUCAGACUCGUCAGAGGAUGACAACAAAUGACCGUAUGGUCGUUGUUUACCGACCGACCUUUCUUCUGUGGGACAUUGCAAAGGUGGUUUUCAGGUUUCGUCUCCGGAAUUAUCUUGGGAACGACUUCACAGCUUCGGCCUCGCUUAACACGAGUUAAAAAAGGGCAUGCCAUUCUGGCCCAUCCUCCUGUGUGAGUAGGUGCGUUUCCUCUGCCUCGGCACUUG